AUGGCUUUCUACACUAGUAUGUCUCAGUUUCUUUUUCCCUUGAUCUGGUGUUCUAUUCUGAUUUGUCUCUCUUCAGGAUUCCCUACCAGUGAAUCAUCAGUUUCCCCUUCAAAGGCUGAACAAGACUUUGAAAUGUUCCAGCAAUGGAUGGCGGAGCAUGGAAGAGUCUACGCAAACUCUGAAGAGAGCAACACUAGAUUCCAAAUAUUCCAGAGAAAUCUCAAGUACAUCACCGUGACAAAUGCCAAGAGAUCCAAUUCCUCUGGUGCCUAUCGUUUGGGACUCAACAAGUUUGCUGAUAUGAGUCCUGAGGAGUUUAAGAGAGUGUACCUCCAUCCCCUGGAGGUUCCGACCACCAUCGCGCCGGGUACCUCGAGGUCGGGACGUAGGCAGCACAACAAUUCAUGUGAAAGUGCACCUUCCUCCAUGGAUUGGAGAUGA